GGAGCAGUUAAGCUACGCCAGUAGUACCCCAUUUGUCACAAAGCGUGUGUGGACAGCAGCGACAAGCACGGUGAGUGUUGGAUCUCCUCCACUGCCCACGAAUCCACAGCCAUGAGUUGAUGGCCUUUGGCGCCACCCUCCAUCGAUCGCCCACCAGUGAUUGACAUGUGCCUACUACUUCUUCUUCUUCUUCCCCGCAAAUCAACCGGCGCCCGAUUUUCCCGUCUCCUAGCUUGCUAGCCACCUACCUCUGGGUGUGUGUGCAUGGAUAAAUCAUAAAUGGAUUGCUGGAUUCGAUGCUGUGGAUGAGCUUCCCCUCCCUCUAUCCGACCCAUCACUCCACCGCUCCCCUAGCUUCCUCCUAUCCACCGUCUCCUCCUCCUACCUCAGCUAAAGCUAGCUAGCACCACUAGAAACUAGUAUCAGAAUUGCUAUUUCAGCUCGGCGUCUACCGCAAUCUUGAUCCAUUCCUUCCGAUUCUUGCCCGGUCGAUCGAUCGCGGGAACACGAACAACACACAGAUCAUCGUCCUGCACGUUGAUGCGUGCAAGCGAUCUGGUUGCUCGAGAUAAAGAUGAAGAACAGCAGCAAUCUCGAGGCCUUCCUCCAGGCCGCCACGCCCCGGCUCCCAUGGCGCUCCGCCACCAUGGAACGAUUCCAGGGAGCGCCCAGCAGCGUGUGGCAACACCCAGAAGGCAAGAACAAGGACGCGGUGGAGUACUUCGCCCUGUCCGAGCUGUGGGAGCACUACGCCGAGAGCAGCGCCUACGGCCUCGCCGUGCCCGUCCGGGACGCCGGUGACCGCGCCGUGGUCACCACCCAGCACUUCGUCCCCUACCUCUCCGCCGUCCAGCUCUACACCGCCACGAAGCCCACCUCCCACACCCUCGGCGCCACCUCCAGGAGCACGGGGAGCGAGACGGAUUCAUGGAGCGACGACAGCGUGGGCGGCGACAGGUUCGCCGGCUCCGGAUCCUCCUCCUGGGACGCGGCGUCGGACGAAGACGACGCUUCCUCCACCUACGACGGCACCGGCUCCACCGGCGUCUCACCCAAGCAGAACGGGUACCUGAAUUUUCAGUACAGGGAAUGGGACUCGCCCUACGAGAGGGUACCGCUGGCUCACAAGGUGGAGGAGCUGGCCCGGGACUACCCAUGCCUCAUGUCGCUCAGCAGCGCCGAGCUCUCGCCGUCCAGUUGGAUGUCCGUGGCAUGGUACCCAAUCUAUCACAUCCCUGCUCAUGUCAACCUCAAGGGUACCUCUGCCUGCUUCCUCACUUACCAUUCCAUCUCAUCAGUCUUCCAAGACAACAUACAUAGCGGGCCGGAGCACGACGACGGCGAGAUCGCGGCGCUGUCGCCGUUCGGGCUGGCAACGUACAAGAUGCAAGGGGAUUUGUGGAGGAGGCCAGGGUCAUCGGACCCCAGGAGGCUGUCUGAGCUCCAUUGGGCGGCGUCCUCCUGGCUGAAGCAAGUCGGCGCGCACCAUCCUGACUUCACCUUCUUCACGACGUCCCACCGUCGAUGACACGACAGCGACACCCUGUUGAUUCCGCGUGUGUUUCGGUUGGAUUUUGCAUGUGCACCGGAACACGUCAAGAUAUGACACCAAGAACUUCAUGUAGGAUUUGAUAGAACAGCAUGCACCGGAGUUUUCUUCUUUCUGAAUUUGCAGGAAGAUACAGUUACUUGUUGCAUCGAUCGGAUUAGGUGUCAGAUUGCAUGCUCUGUUUUUCGUUCAUCGACGGGCAUGAUGUAGCUGCAACACACCAUUUCCAAAGAAUUGCAGCUCGUGAAAUGCGACCUCAAAAUCAUAUAUAGUUCAACAAUCCGCCUGGUAUUACCUGA